AUGACUGUUCAACCAGAAGAAAGACAGGGUUAUUUAGGUAAACUUGAAGACAAAACAAUUGAUGAAUUGAAAGAUUUAUUAAGGAGACAAGAAAAGCUUUUAUCUAAGCAGAAUUUCCUAAGGACAUUGCCAGACAAAGGAUUAAAAGUAAAGAAAUUUGCAGAAAUUUUGGAAUCCUUAAUUCAUGAUAAAAUUAUUCAAGAAAAACAACUCAGUGGUGUUAAUAGUGUACAUUCCAAAUACAACAGAACUCAAAUUGUAAAUCCAACUUCUGCUUUUUCAUCAGUCAAACAGGAAUCAGCAACAGAAGACUUUGAAGAUGAUGAUGGAAUAGACACAACUGAUCCUCUGAAAUCAUUGAUAAACCCAUCUGCUUUAUUAAAUGGCGAUAAAAAACAAAUAGUGGAUAUGCGGAUAAACUUUGAAACAAGUGCUACUACUGAUGAUAUAUGUGAUUCAUUAAAUCAAGUGAAACUUUCUAUUACAAAUGAAAGAAUACCUGACAAUUCAGAACAAUAUGUGAACAGUUAUGAACGUGUUUUACAAAGGGUUGAACAGCGUCCUGAAACUAAAUCACGUUCUUUUAAACCCAAUAGUUCAUUAUUAAUAUCAAAAGUUGAAGAUUUACCUGAAAAGUUCAAGCCUUCAGCGCCGAAACCAGUAUUAAGUAAUAAAAAGAAGAUUAAAGAGCUAGGUGUUGUAGAAGAGUCUGCAGCCUGUCCACCUCAUUAUAAAUACAAUAAAACACAGUUAGUCUCCACACUAGAAUCUAUAGAACUCAUUAAACAACAAGAAGCUAAACAGGAGGAACUAAAAGCUGAAAGGGCUGCUGCCAGACUAGCGGAAAGAUUAAAUAUUAAAAUGGAUACCUAUAAUCCACCAACAACAGAUAUGGCGUAUCCUUUGCUAUAUUAUAACUUGUUCAAUGUUCUUUCAGCUAUCUGA